AUGCCAGCCGUUGGUGACCAGCAUCGGGGUAAUGCAGGAUCUAUAAUGAUGCCGAACGCUACAGGAGCCGCUAAAGCAAACCCAUUUGAGGAACCCCAACGCCGCAUCAGUGAAUACACCGCACAGGAAAUUGCAACACUACAAGCGCGUCUUGAUAAGAAAUUGGGACCCGAAUACAUCUCUGCGCGACCUGGUGCAGCGGGGCAAAAAGUGCACUAUCUCUCCGCGGACAAAUGCAUUAAUCUCGCGAAUGAAGUGUUUGGAUUCAAUGGCUGGUCCAGUUCGAUUCAGACGAUUCAGAUUGAUUUUGUUGAGGAAAAUCAGAACACAGGCAAGAUCAGCCUGGGACUUUCAGUCAUCAUGAGAGUGACCUUGAGAGAUGGAACAUUUCAUGAGGAUAUUGGCUACGGACAUAUCGAGAACUGCAAAGGCAAGGCCGCAGCGUUUGAGAAGGCCAAGAAAGAAGGCACAACAGAUGCUUUGAAACGUGCAUUGAGGAACUUUGGCAACGUGCUAGGUAACUGUAUCUAUGACAAAGAUUAUGUGGCCAAGGUGACCAAAGUCAAGGCAGCGCCUGGACGAUGGGACGUUGAAAAUCUCCACCGUCACCCGGACUUCGCGCCACUUAAGAAACCGCUGCCUCCACCCAAGCAAGUACCCGAAGAGGAUGAUCUACCCCUCCCUGGUCCGCCACAUCAAGCGAGAGGAAAUAAUUCUGGGAAUAAUGUUUCUUUUGAUGGAGAUGGAGAGUUUGGCAGUGACCUCUUUGAUGAAGCCGAUUUCGGGGUAGCUGAUACCGAUAUGGGCAAUCCUGAUGAGAUCGUAAUAGACACAGAGAUUCUUCGAGAACAGCAGCGUACCGUGCCAACGAACGGUCCAGCGCCUCAGCGAGGACCGCCUGUUCGAGCAGGAUUUAACCCCGCUGUUGUAACACCAUCAAAACCAGAGCGAUGGAACGGCGCGGGCCAAGCAGGACGACCUAAUCCCUCAAAUGUGCGACAGAACCAAUCUACUAUGCCGUCUCCAGCUGCGGUACAAGGUCGACCAAUGGCCGCUCAAGGUCCUGCUCAAAAUCUUGCGAACCCUAGACCAUCAGUCCCACCACAGCAACCAGUUGGUCAGCAUCCUCCACACAAAAACAUCGUCCAGCCUCCGACUCAAAAGGAAACCGGCCCCGGCGGCUUUCAGAAAACCGAGGACAUGAACCCACCACCGCAAGGCACACCGUCAACGGGUUUCUUUUCUGCAAGAGCAGUGGACCUUCUCCGUGAAAAUCCAAACUCCGUCCCGUCGGGCGUACCUCAAUUCGAUCCACAUGCUGAGAGUCCCUCCAUCCGCAAAACCGCUGGUGUAGACCACAGCAAAAGCAUUCCUAUUCCUAGGCCGAUGCUGUCGAGCGCCUCCCCAGCACCCACCAUUAAUAAAAAUAAUGCAACACGCGAUUUUGUCAAUCCCGCAACGGAUCUGCAGCGCAGAAUCGGUGCUCCUGGUGGUGGGGUUAGCAGUCCGGUCGGCAGAGGCCCUUCUGUCUCAUCGUAUCGACCAUUGACCCGGCCCAACCUUGACCAAAGGAACGUUUCCAACCCUGCCAUGAUGAACCGAGGCAGUAUGCCACCCCAGAAUAACCUCAACGGAAAACGGCCUCCAUUAGUGGACGUCACCAAUGCCGAUGGAACAGCUGGCGCACAUCAAGGGGUCCCGGCACUGGGUCCAAACGACCCAAAACGGCCUCGAGUCUCAGGUGCUGACCCUGGGCCUUCUUCUGGGCCUCGCCCACUAGCCCAGUAA